AUGGGUUUUUCCUCAAUGCCACCAUUCGGCUCAUUUCCACCUUUUGGUUUACCUACAUCAAAUUUUCCAUCAAUGAACAGUUUUGCUUCAUCAACAACGGCUAAUUUUCCUCCUCCACCAUUACCUUCAUUAUUAUCAAAUGAUUCUACAAAUUCAAUAACAUCUGAUAUGUGGUCAAAUGGUUUAGCAGCUGCAAAUACAAAUAUUGAUUAUAAUGAAUAUGCAAAACAAUUAGGUUUACUUAUGAAUGCAUUUAAUGAACAAUCACAACUAAAACCAGAAGUUGAUAAAUCGAAAUCAUCAUCAAAUGUAAAAUCUUCAAAAUCUAAACGAUCGACACCUACUACUAAUUCUUCACCAUUAUCUUCAUCGGAUAUUAUUAAUGGUAAAACUUCUACAUCAAAACCUAUCGAUGAAUCUCAUCAUCGUCCUACAUCUACAUCAUCAUCGACAUCUUCACGUCGUUCAUCAUCAACUAAUCCGAAAAAAUCAUCAAAUCAUAAUUCGAAUGUAACAUCUUCGUCAAAACUACCUACUAAUAAUGAUUCAUCCGUACUCGAUCCAUUAGCAUUUGCAGCUGCUGCUGCAAGUGGUAGUCUUACAUUUCCUUAUUUUCUUCCAUCAUUACUUUCACAAUCAACAGGAACAAAUAAUAAUUCGUCAACAAAUUAUCCAUUCUCAGCUCUGUCAUCAUCAUUAAUAAAUCCAGCUGCAGCAAUGUAUCCAUUUUUAUCACCAGACUGGUUCACAUCAUCAUCAUCAUCAGCAAAAUUACUUGAAAGUUUUAAUACUGAUAAAUCAACAGAAUCAAAUUCACAUCAAGUAUCAAAAUCAAAACAAUCACAAAAACAUAUAACAUCUGAAAAUAAACAUUUACCAUCACUUAAUUCUCUACUUAACGAAUCGCCUUCAUCAUCGUCAUCAUCAUCUAAAUCAAAAAAACGUGCGAAAUCAAUUCGGGCAUUAACUGAAGAACAAGAAUUAAAAAAUUCAAGUCUUCUUCAUUCAGCAUUAACCGAACCAACAUAUAUAAAUGGUUCACGAGAGAAUCUAUUAGAUUCAAGUCGACGAAGUAGUAUUAAUGAUACAUCAUCAAAUCGUCAAACACCAUUGAUACAAUCUGCAGAUGAAUCAAGAUCAAAUGAUGAUGAUGAUUCAGAUCCAAAUCCUAAACGACGCAAAACUGAAGAAGUUAAUGAAGCAUUAGUUCGAACACCAUUAAAUCGCGGAUGGAAACGUGUAACAAUCGUUCGUGCAAUAACACGAACUGGUGUACGUGGUGAUGUUUCAUAUUAUGCACCAUGUGGAAGAAAAUUACGUUCAUUUCAAGAAAUCGAUCGAUAUUUAUCGAAGAAGAAUAUCACAGAUUUAGAUCGUUCACAUUUUACAUUCAGUUCCAAAGUACAUAUUGGUCAUUUUCAUGAACCAAAAGAAGGUCCCGAUGGAAAAACAAUCUUUCAAGAAUCAACAGAAGAUGAAAUAGUUAAUCGUAUAACAGAAAUGAAUCCAAAAUUUCGUCGUAUUAGAUAUGAAUAUGAAAGUGAUACACCAACAAAAACUUCAACUGUAUCAAGUCCAUGUCAUAACAAUGGAAUAAAUGAUCAUCAUCAAGCACCACAAGAUAUAAUUCAACAAAUGUAUGAAGAAAAUCGAAAAUUACGAUUAGAACAAGAAGAAAUGGCUAAACGAGCAGCCGAAAUCAAAACAAAACGUGAAACAAUGCGUUUAUUACGAAAUAUAACUGGUGAAAGUUCUAAAACACCUGAACAUUUAUCAAAUUCUCAAUAUCAACAUAAUGAUUUUCUUAAAGCUAUUAUUGAACAACAAAAAUUAGCUCAACAACAAGAACAUGAACAUAAACAAAAAUUACAACAAGAACAACAAGAACAAGAACGUAAACGUCAAGAAUUAGCUUAUUUAAAACAACUUGAAUUAAAAAAACGUCAAGAUGAAAAAAAUUUAUUAAUUGAACAACGUAAAGCAGAAAAAAAUGCUGAACGUGAAAAGAAAAUACAAGAAAAAUAUAUCGAAAUAGUACAUGCAAAAGAAGCAAAAAGAAUUGCUGAAGAUAUGCAAUUACGAGAUCUUAAACCACUUCCGAUAUUAAAACCGGUGGAAAAUAUGCGUUUAUCAAUUGAAGGAUUUGCUCAUUCAUUAAUGAUAAUUCAAUUUUUAAAUAAUUUCAAACGUAUUCUUCAAAUUCCUGAUAAUUUAAUUCCAACAUUAAAUACUUUUCAACAAUCAUCGUCAUUACGAGAUAUAAAUUCUCUUUGUCAAAUUUUACUUACGAUUGCAAUAGAAGAUCCUGGUAUAUCAAAUCCUAAAAAAGGUUUAACUAUUCUGGGACAAAAAUUAUCCGAAAUUGAUAUAACUGAACAUACAUUCAGUGAAAUUCUUCGUUUAUAUAUUCGAGAACGAAAUGGUUUUGAUGAUAAAAUCACUCAAAAUUUGUCAGAUACAUCAUUUCAAUCAUUAAUAAUGGAUGAUAAACUUGAAAUAUUAGCAUUUUUAUGUAAUGAUUUAUCAGCAAAUAAACAUGUAGUAGAAGAAGUUGAUCGUAAUCUUGAUGAAUUAAAUGUAUUAAAACAUGAAAAAUUAGAAAUUGAAAAACGUUUACGACGUUUGAAAAUUGAAAAAUCAAAUAACCCAAAUAGUAAUAAUAAUAAUAUUAAAAAAAUGACGACAAUAAUACGCGAAAAAGAUGUGAACAGUUCAGAUAAUGAAAGUCCGGAUGAAAGUGAUGGUGAAUCUUUGAAAAAUGAUGAUGAAAUAUCGAUUACAAAUGAUCCAGCAGCGAUUACAGCUGAUGAUCAAGAUAUUGAAACUAUCGAUGAAACUAAAAUCGAUGAUUUAGAUAAACGUUUAACACUUGUUACAAGAAAAUAUACACUUAUUAAACGUCGUGUUAUUGAUAAACAAUGUUAUAUACGUGCAAUUCAUCUUGGACAAGAUCGUUAUCGUCGUCGUUAUUGGUAUUUUUCACAUUUAUCAGGAAUUUAUGUUGAAGGAUUAACAUCAGGUGAUAUAUCAUCGAAUGAUAUAAAAGAUAUUGUUCAAAAUGCAACUAAACUAAAACUUGAUAAAACAGGAGAAGUUAUUCCAUUAUCACGUUCAGCACAACGUAAAAAACAACAACAAACAAAAGUUAUAAAUCCACCAACACCACCACUAUCAUUAACAUUAUCGACCAAUUCUACCGAACAAACAAUUCCAAUUGAAUUAGAUAAAAUCAAAAAUGAAAAUAGUGAUAAUGAAGAAGAACAACCACAAGUUAAUUUAUCAGAAGAUCUUACAACAAUGGGUUUAUCUGCUUUUUGUAUGGCUGCUAAAAGAGAUGAUAAUGAUGAUGAUGAUGAUGAAAAUGACGAGAAAACAAUUUCUAAUGAAAAAGAAAAUCAAUCAAUUAUUAUUAAAGAUGAAAUAAGUGAUGAAAUAAAUAAUAAUAAUAAUAAACGUGAUUUAAAUGAAAUUAUCGAUGAUACUAAUCUUCCACUUGAUCUUUCCUGUUCAAAACCUAAACGUUCUUGUGAAGAAGAUUAUUGGUCAUCACAACAUAAACAAGCUGCUUAUCCUUUACCUUCAACAUCACUCAAUAAACUUGAUCAAUUUCAAGAACUUAAUGGUCUUGCAACAACUGCGAUUUUAUUAAAUAAUAUUAAACAAGAAAAUCUAACAUCAAAUCAUAUUCUUAAUUUAACACAUACAAAUCCAAUGUUGUCACCAUAUGAUUUCUCAACAUCUAUCAAACAAGAAUCAUCAACAAAUAAUUUUAAACAAAUUGAACAAAGUAUAAGAGAAAAAUUUCAAUAUUCACAACCAUUACCUAUUCCAGAUGAUGUUCAAUCUGGUUGGUGGUUAAUUCAAACAUCUGAUGAAAUACGUCAAUUAAUGAAAUCUUUAGUUAAACGUGGUCAACGUGAACGAUAUUUAUGUCGAAUGCUUCAACGUUAUUUCGAUAUUAUAACAAAUUCUAUAAAAUUACAUUCUGAAUUAAAUCCCAAACCUGAACUUUCACAAUCAUCCGCUGAAAAUAAUGCAGAAAAUGAAGCAAAUGCUCCUGUUGAAAAUGAAAAUGUCAAUGAUGAUAAUACACACGAAAUGGAUGUUUUAAAUGAAAUCUAUGAUUUUUCCGAUCGUAUUAUUUCAUCAAGUCUUCAUUGUCGAUCUUACGAUACAAAUAAUAUUCGUAAUCGUUUAACUUAUUCGGAUAUUCAAUCAAAAGGUUCCGAUAUUCUUGAUGAAGUCAAACAUUUAUUAAUUGAUAUUGAACGUAAUAUUGAACGACGUUAUUUAAAACAUCCAUUUGUUCGUCGAUAUGAAAUAAAUUUAUCAUCAUUAAAUCGUAUUAAUCAAAAUAGUACAUAUCAUCAUACAAUAGAAAAUUCUACUGAUGAAAUUGCUUCACCAUCAAAAUAUGAUGAAGUACCACAACAACUUGAACGUUGGCGACGUACUGUAAAUGAAUCACGUACACCAGCACAAUUAGCUUUAUGUUUAACACAAUUAGAACGUUGUAUUGCAUGGGAAAGAUCAAUAAUGAAAGUCUAUUGUGAAAUAUGUAAUUCCGAUAGUGAUGAAGAAAAAUUAUUAUUAUGUGAUGGAUGUGAUCAUGGCACACAUACAUAUUGUUUUUUACCACCUAUGUCAUUUAUACCACCGAAUGAUUGGUAUUGCUAUGUUUGUAUUGGAAAGGCUAAAGGAGAAAGUUUAUGUUUUGUUUGUGGAAAUAAAGGUGAUAUUCCAUUGAAUCGAUGUGAACAUUGUGGAAAAUUAUUUCAUGAAAAUUGCUUAAAAAAUGCUAAACAACAACGUGGAAAAUGGUUCUGUGUUUUAUGUUCAGCAACUGAAAUUUCUUCAAAUGGAAAUACACCUACUAAAUCCCAAGUAAACCGUCAAACAUCACGUUCAGCAAAUUCUCGUCAACCAUCAAAUACAAAUGGUGAUACUAUAAAUCAAUCGCCACCACCACCACCACCGCCCCCACCCGCAACAACAACAAAUACGAAUACAAGUCGUAAUAAAUCGACAAAUAAUCGAAAAUCAAAAUCAAAUAAUAAUAAUAAUACUGAAUAUUUAAUAGUACAAGAAUCACAUUCAAAUUCUUCUCAUGCUGAUGCAACAACAAUGAGUAGUUUAAAUGAUUCAUCAUCUAUUGAAACAAAUGAUAUCGAUGAUGAUAUUCCAUCACCAACUAUUGGUACUACAACUAAUAAUUCAAAAAAGAAAUCGUCGAAAAAAUCUAAAAUAAAUAACGAUGUUAAACAUUGCCGAAUUAUAUUAAAUGAAUUAUUAAAAAGUGAUGUAUCAUGGCCAUUUCAAACAGCUGUUGAUGCUAAACAACAUCCGGAAUAUUAUGAAUGUAUUAAAAAUCCAAUGGAUUUUUCCAUAAUGAAAAAGAAAAUGCGUAAUAAUCAAUAUACAAAACGUGAAGAUUUUUUUCAUGAUAUGGAAUUAAUAUUAAAUAAUUGUGAAUAUUUUAAUGAAGAUGAUAGUCCUGUUGGUCAAGCUGGACAUUUAUUACGUACAUUAUUUCAAUCACAAUGGACAAAACAAUUCGGUUAA